GCAGAGAGAGAGAGCGCGCGCGAGAAAGAGAGAGAGAGAUCGCGCGCGAGCGAGAGAGCUGGACAUAAGGCUGAGCGAAAGGGGCACGAUCAUCACAGACACAGGCGCGCACACGCCACGCGCUCCAGAAGAGGAGCGCGAGCCGGGCUGAGAGAUCUGUUCGCCAGAUGAACAUUGCGGCUCACCUGCUGCUCCUGCAAGCGCGCUCACGUGGACAGUUGCGCAGACAUGGGCAGACACCGCGCUGACCCCAUUAAGUCAACAGCCUGAGUGGAAAAGGCUGACGCUUCCCUCCAUCCUGAAACGCUUGACCCUCCUGCGCUCACUUCUUCACAUUAAGAAGCAGUGAUGAAUACUGAGACUCACCAGCACCAAUGAACUCAGCUGACACCAACUCAAAAAGAGAGCAUAGCAUUACCUAAGGGUACCCUCAGUUUUGGUUGAAGAACAAGGCAGAAGCAUAGACUGUUUCCUGCUACUUUGCUGAUUCUCAAGCUUGAAGAUGACGUGCCUGAAGUGGAGGAAGAUGCGAGCCCUGGGGGUGCUCGUCUGCAUCAUUUUCUUCUCCACGUUUCUCUUCAGCUGCACCCUCCCCGAUCCCUCUUUCUUCUUUGGGUGGUCCCUGGCCAUCCCAGCAGGAACUUGCGCCUGCCAUAGCUGCAUCAUGGAGCCAGAAGACAACACCUGGUUCAGUGAAAAACUCAACCAUUCUGUCCAACCACUGCUGUCCAGGACAAACGCUGAGGUCACUGAUGACACCUACAGGUGGUGGCAGUGGCUGCAGUCAGAGAGUAACCCAGCCAACCUGAGUGUGGUGCUGGACAAGCUGUUCGAGGUGAUUCCGGGUGAGGACCAUUAUCAGGACUCUGGGCCGAGCCGCUGUAGGACUUGCUCCGUGGUCGGAAAUUCCGGAAAUCUCCGCUCAUCCGGUUACGGGCCUCUCAUCGACGCGGGAGAUUUCAUCAUCCGAAUAAACCAGGCUCCGACGCAGGGCUUUGAGCAGGAUGUUGGCUACAGGACCACUCACCAUGUGAUGUAUCCUGAGAGCGCCAUCGACCUGCAGGACAACUCCACCAGCCUGCUGCUGGUGCCCUUCAAAACACUGGACCUAGAGUGGCUCAUCAGCACACUGACCACAGGCAAAGUCACAUAUACGUACAUGCCUGUCAUGUCACGGAUUAAGGCUAACAGGAACAAGGUAUUGGUUUACAGUCCCACCUUUCUGAAGUACGUCCAUGAGACGUGGCUGGACGGUCACGGCAGAUACCCAUCCACCGGUUUCCUCUCACUCAUCUUUGCGGUGCACGUAUGUGAUAAGGUGAAUGCCUUUGGGUUCGGAGCGGACCAGUCCGGUAGCUGGCAUCAUUACUGGGAGGAGAAUGCGUGGGGCAGAGCUUUCAGACAGACCGGUGUCCACGACGGAGACUACGAGUACAACGUCACACAGCUGCUGGCCGAGAAAGGAAAGAUCAGACUGUUCAGAGGGCUCUCCAAAGCCCUGGCGUUUCAAUGGGACCAGCAUCUGUAAACGUCCGUCAUGGCAGUGCACUGAGGGGAGAGACCUACCACCCUGAGCUGACCGCCCUGCACUCAUCUGUCCUUCCUGGCGUCAGUUUCUCUGUUUGGGAUUAUUUCUUCAUUCUUCUGAACUCUGCAGAUAGAAACAUGUUCAAAGCACCACAGACAGGGAACAUGUCAUUUCACAUGAAGGAGAAGAGUCAGAGUCUGAGUCUCUCUCUCUCUCUCUCUCUCUCUCUCUCUCUCUCUCUCUCUCUUCUUCCUCUCUGUAUUCUCUCUCCUUUUCUGUCAUCUCUUAUUCUUCUCUCUUCUCCUUUUGCUUUCU